AUGAUUGGUAGUAUCUGGGCGCAGAAUACUACGGCCGAACAUUGUGUAGCGGAGGUUGAUUUCGCAUGGGUGGCCCAGAUCGUGAAUAUCCCGCUCGCACGGGUGGCCCAUAGUGUGGGCCAUCAUGAGAAUGGUGCGGGGGCGCUUCAUAUUGUGGGGGCGGUCCAUACUGUCGGGGUGGAUUAUAUGGUCGUGGCAAAGGAUGGUAGGAGGGUGCAUGAUCGACGGGAAUAG